AUGAAUAAUUAUUUGGCAUUUUUCUUUAUAACAAUUUUAAGUUUAUUUAUUUAUAUAUCUUAUAUAUAUACCAUACAAAAUGCAUAUCUAAAUAAUUAUAGUAACAUAGUUAGGCUUCUAUUAAUUGUAUUUAGCAUUCCAUUUUUUAUUUGUUAUUAUUGGUCUUUUGUUAAAUGUUCAAUUGUUAAUCCAGGAUAUGUUGACGACACAUGGGAAAUCAAUGCUGAAGAAAAUAACAUUCCAAUAGAAAAGAGAAAAAUAAGAAAUUACGUUCCCAAUAAAUAUACGAUAUGUGACAAAUGUGAUUUUUUGGUAAGACCAGAGAGAGCUCAUCACUGCAGGAUUUGUAAUAAGUGCAUAUUAAAAAUGGAUCACCACUGUCCAUGGAUAGGCACUUGCGUAGGAGAAAAAAAUUUGAAGUUUUUUUUCUUAUUCUUAAUCUAUGGUUUCUUUACUGCAACAUAUAUUUCUAUAACUGUCAUACCCAUCUUUAUUAAUGCUCUUUGUACCAAGGAAAUACACGAAAAUUCAGAUAAAAUAAACCACAUUACUCUUUUGAUUACUAUCUGUACUGCAUUAACUUUAACCUUGGCAUUACUUUUCAUGAAUUGUCAAUAUAUAUAUUUUAUCUCAAAAAAUAUUACAGCUAUAGAAUCGUCCUACAGUGACAUGAAUCCUUAUGACCUGGGAACAUACAAUAAUUGGAAAGCGGUUUUUGAUGAAUUCACAUGGAAGUGGUUUUUUCCUCUCAAUGUAGAAUGUGCUCAAAAGACAAAUUAUUUAUACCCACUGAAUGAUAAGUACAUGAAUAUUAUUAAUACUGAUAUGAACGAUUUUCUUUUAGAUAAUCAUAAUGCAAAUAUAAAAGAAGAUGGAGAUUAA